AGACUAAACGAGCUGAUACCAGAGAGUGGAUACCAGGUCAGGAUUAGCCAUCAUGAUCAGAUAGUGCGUCAUUUUACAACGGACAAGCGAAGUACUACAGGAAGCAUGGAGGUGCAAAAGAGGCUGCUUAAUUCAGUGGACAAGUGUGUGGACGAGGCUCUGUGUGGCAUUGUACGCAGCGGUGGUUCUCUCACCUUGCUCCGUGGACACCGGGUGGUGUUGCGCUCUGACUUGGACAACCUUAAAGGGAAGGUGGCCCUGCUGUCAGGUGGUGGAUCAGGCCACGAGCCCGCACAUGCAGGGUACAUCGGUGUUGGCAUGCUCUCUGGGGCGGUGGCUGGGGGAGUGUUCGCCUCGCCCCCUCCUGCCAGCAUCCUGGCGGCCAUCUUGGCUCUGUGGCAGGGGGGUGCUGCCGCGGUGCUGCUGGUGGUGAAGAACUACACCGGCGACCGGCUCAACUUUGGCCUGGCCGCCGAACAGGCGCGGGCUCAGGGAGUACCGGUCGACAUGGUGAUCGUGGCAGAUGACUGCGCUUUCAAACAGCCUGCCAAAGCCGGCAGGAGAGGCUUAUGUGGUACAGUGUUCGUUCACAAGCUGGCUGGGGCAAUGGCAGAAGAAGGCUUGCCAUUACACACUAUUGUUUCCAGGGUGAAUGAGGCAACAAAAGUCAUCGGUACUCUUGGUGUGAGCCUCUCUCCUUGUAGUGUUCCAGGAUGCCUCCCCUCCUUUCAGCUUCCAGCCGGAGAGAUGGAACUGGGGUUAGGAAUCCAUGGUGAACCUGGAAUAAAGAGGUCCAAGGUGGCCCCAGCAGAUGAGGUGGUGAAGACCAUGAUAGACCACAUGACUGAUCCUAGCAGCCAGACCCAUUUGGCAAUGAAAUCAGGUGACAGCGUGGUGAUAUGUGUGAAUAAUCUCGGCGCUUUGUCUAGCCUGGAGAUGGCAGUGGUCACCAGAGCUGCCAUCAGUUCCCUUGAGGAUCGUGGCAUCAUUGUUGCCAGAGUGAUGUCAGGCUUGUUUAUGACCUCACUGGAAAUGGCAGGCAUGUCACUGACCAUCAUGAAGUCAGACCAGGAGAUCCUUAGGCUUUUUGACGCUAAAACCUCAGCUCCAGCAUGGCCUAACCUCAGCUCUGAACUUGUGAGCGGGCGUAAGUGGAGCGUUGAGCCCCCGCAGCAGACUGCAUCCCAUGAGGUCACAUACAGUCCGGGCCCUCUGAGUGGCGUGAUGCGGAAGGCCCUGGAGGCCGUGUGUGAGGCGCUGCUGCAGCACCAGGAGGAGCUCAACAUGCUGGAUCGCGCCGCUGGGGAUGGAGACUGUGGAAAUACCCAUGCCUGUGCAGCUAAGGCCAUUCAGGAGUGGCUUCUAGGCCACACGGUUCCUGGUUGUCCGGGGCAACUGCUUAGCGUUCUGGCAAGCUUGGUACAGGAAAGGAUGGGUGGAUCAUCUGGAGCGUUGUACAGCCUCUUUCUGGCCGCUGCAGCACUGCCACUGAUGGGACAGAGUGAUGCUGCAUCUUGGGCCAAAGCAAUGCAUUCUGGGACGGAGGCCAUGAAGAGGUAUGGAGGUGCAGAACCUGGCGACAGGACUAUGCUAGAUGCCCUUUGUCCUGCCGUGGAGGAAUUGCAGAAGUUGUCGUCAUCGCCUCCUACUGGUGUGAUGGCGGUAUUGCAGGCAGCCGUGGAGAGAGCUAAGGCAGGAGCGGACUCCACAAAGAGCCUUUCUGCGCAGGCAGGGCGAGCCAGCUACAUCGCCGCGGAACACCUGACUCAGCCUGACCCUGGUGCUGUAGCAGUAGCGGCCAUUCUGAGAGCGGUGUAUGAGGCCUUGUGUGGUGAAUACCCAUAAAUAGAUACAGUAAAUGGCAACAACUACUUGAGAUCCACUGAGAAUAGAAGCAUAGCUUGACUGCCAUUACAAAUCAAGUAAUUAGACAAGAUGAACAUAGACAAAUGUCAGUUAUUGUUGGAUUUCUUAACUCUCAGUAGCUCAAGUUUGUGGUAUGCCUGAAUGGAUUAUGUAUUGAUAAUGUGAGGCUGCUACCUGUCUAGGGACCAUUACUAAGAUGAAAUCAAGUAUUACUUUAUGCGUUUCUUCAUUCUGUUUAAUCUGCAAACUUUGCUGUAAUUUGUGAAUUUGUACAUUGUAAAAUGUACUAGAUAUAUUACUCUAAUGGUAUUGCUAUAGGUGACUACUGACUGGUAAAAGAACCAGUAUAAUCUUGCACUUUAAUAAUAUAGAAAUUGUCUUUUUUGAAAUUAAUUAAUAAAGUAUUUUAUGAAUUUUUCGAUUUAA